ACAGCUACCAGGGCUGCUCCACAACAGCUAGGGAAAUCCAAGGUUUGAAUGCUGAUGUCUUGGGGAUCAAUGGAUGAAGAAAAAACAUUCAGAUAAUAAUAGAAGAUUAGCUCAUCAGGGCAGACAGCGACUGCCAGAGAGUGGCUGGAAAGAAAGACUCAAACAGGCAGUUCCGUGUCCCAUCCAGGGCACUCACGUGUCCUCAGGUGCUCCACAGGUGGUAGAGAGAAGCACCUUUGCACUGUUCUCCUGCUCCAAACAAAAGCACACUUGUUUUCUGUAGACACCCAGGUGUGGCUAUUGCUGUGAACUCCAAUCCUAUUCCCAGCCCUACUGAUACGGGAUGAUCACGUGCAUGUGAAAAUCUGCCCAUGUUUCACACAUGUCCCAGUCCCAUCAUGUUCUUUGCUCAACAGCAGGAGCAGGUUGCCUGAGAGCAUCAAGCCCACAGAAGCAGGACAGCACACACCACCCCUCCACUUUCAUACUGUCCAUUCUAUAUCUGGAUACCUUGGAAGGGUUAACCCGAGGGUUUGCAGCGCUGCUGUUCAUCGGUGUGGCACAGCCGGCUAAGCCAGAGCUGGAAAAAACUUGUUCCUUUACCUUUGUGCAGGCAGAAGGCAGCGAGGAGGUCGUGUGGCGCCUGGCAGCACAUCCCCAGGGUCCUUGCAGCGGCUGCUCAGGUCGGGCUGCCCAGGGGAAAAGGUGUCCUGCAGCCAGGGGCAGAAGGAGGAUAAAAGCCAUGGGGUCUGCAGCCCCACUGGAAAGUCCUCCCCUGUAAGCAGGCACCCAGGGAGAUGCGAGGGGAGCCAGGAAUCUGCUGGACAAACUCUAAAGUUGGACAGGGCAGCUGGGAACAGAGAAGAGCUGUGCUUCUGCCUUUUUUUGCAGGUUUGCUGUUGCCGGGGAGAGGUUUUAGGCUGUCACCCAGCUAAUUCACAGCACAGAAACGAGCACUUGAAUUAGCUGCAUUAUCUGCGCCCAGCUAAACUGGACAAAGGAUUAAAGUGUGCUGAGCACCACCACCGUGAUUUGCAUCUCAGAGCCCCUUCCCACGGGCCCCCUCUGCUCACAGCCUUUUUUUUUUUUCAUUUUCUGGCUGUGAGCCAGCCAGCAUAAGAGCCCUGUUUACAGAAAUGAUGCCUAGGUUAAUAUUGCAAAAGACUUCAUCAAAGCCUGUAGUCGCUACUGAAGCACAAGGGUCUGACCAUGGGCCAUGAGCUGCGCACACAGGGAUGAGCCGCAGCCACGCGGCGCCGCCCUUCGUUCGACCGAUUCUGGUCUCAGCCUGAGGUAUGAAACUCACUUUCUGUCACCAUGGCAUAUUUGAAAUAAUGAGCAAAAUCAAACUAUUAUUCAUGGCUAAAGCUGCACACAAGACCUAAAUGCAGCUGUUGUUUUAGGGAAAAAACACUAUUUGACUGCUAAGUAAAUAUUGUGCUGUACAGUGACCUUAUGGGCACUUUUUCUGAGCUCAUCCAGCUGCCAGAGAUUAUUAUUUUAUGCAUGUUUAUUUAUAUGGAGAGGAUGGGGAAUGCUAUUGCUAUAUGUUUCGUGCUGUCAGUCUCAAAGAAAUCCAAACUGUGAUCUCUCAGAAGCAGUUCUAGAUCUAGAGAGGUAAAGCAAAAGCCUAUCUGCCAUCACUGGAUUCUAAUUAAUUAAUAGCUUUUAAAAUGUUUUUUUACCACCAGCACUUUGUAGGUAGGUGUAGUUUUCCUGAAAGGUUCAUACUGAGCUCUGCUGUGAUACGGAACCUUUAUAGGUUUCUAUUUUACUUGGCAUUUACUUGGCAUGCAGUUUUUCCUCCUGUGCACAGGGGUUGAGUGACCUUAGCAAUUGCCAGCAAGGGGACUCCAUAUGAUGAAAGCAGGUGAAAAGGAAAAUAAGGGCGGAACUAGGUAAAGCCAAUUCAUAUCUCAGAGGAGGUGUGGUCCUGUCCUCUACCAGGCUGUGGUCACAGUCUUGUGAAAUAUAAAAGGAGAAGGCAGCUUUCUUAAACAAGCUGGUGCCAGGAUCCUGAAGCGAGAAGGAAGGGAGGUGCUGGAAAUGCAGAGCAAGAAGUCAAGAGUGUCAGCUGGGAAAGGUGUGAGAAACACUGGUGCUCUGAGCCUCAGGAACACCAUCAACUCUUCCCUGAAGGCCUGUUUGCUGGCCUGAGGGUUACAUGGUAGCUGCACUCCCUUCCCCAGCAGGCUGGCUUAGAGGAGAACGGAGCUAUCAUGUCCCAAGGAGAAGCAGCAGGACGUGGUGCUGCCAAGCCCCAGGACCAGGGAUGGGCAUGGAUGGUCCUGCUGGCUGCGGUGAUGCUGCAGGGGCUGACAUUGGGCUUCACCAGCUGCCUCGGUGUCUUCUUCACGGACCUCCAGCAUGAGUUCCAGGCCAGCAACAGCCAGACAUCGUGGUUCCCGUCCAUCAUGGUGGCCGUGCUGCACGGAGGGGGGCCCCUCUGCAGCAUCCUGGUGAAACGGUUUGGCUGCAGGUUUGCAGUGAUGCUGGGAGGGCUGCUCAGCGGGCUGGGAAUGGUGUCCAGCUCCUUCUGCAAGUCCAUCGGCCAGCUGUACCUCACGGCCGGCCUCAUCACUGGUCUGGGAUCAUGUUUCAGCUUCCAGGCAGGAGUGACUGUGCUCGGCUACUACUUUGUACGGUGGCGAACACUGGCCAAUGCCAUGGCCUCCACUGGUGUCUCCCUCGGUUUCACACUGUGGCCGCUGCUGUCUCAAUACCUGCUGGAUGAGAUGGGUUGGAGAAACACCUUCCUCAUCUUUGGAGGAAUACUACUGAACUGCUGUGUUUGUGGAGCCAUCAUGAGACCCAUUCAGCUGGCAUCAGGGCCACUUCCACAGUCUGCCAAGCCCAAAGAGGAAGCAGGAAGCAGAGCAGAAGAGGGACAGCUGUCCAAUGGAGCAUCUCCUUACCACCCCACACUCCAGCAGCACACCAGAAGGACAAAAUGCUUCCAGAUGCUGCAGAAGUACCUGGCUUUUGACAUCUUCUGUGAAAACAAAGGUUACCGGAUUUACACUAUUGGAGUGACCUGGAUGAUGAUGGGGUUUGCCUUACCCCAUGUCUACCUUGUGCCUUAUGCCACCCACAAUGGGGUGGAGGAACGAAAGGCAGCUCUCCUCAUCUCCAUCAUCGGUUUCAUCAACAUCUUCAUCCGCCCUCUCACAGGGCUGCUCUCAGGACACAGAAUCUUCACAGGGAGACGCAUCUACCUGUUCAGCCUGGCCGUGCUCCUCUGUGGGCUCAGCAAUUUCAUCUGUGUCAUUUCAGCUGAGUUCAGUGUGCUCAUCCUCUACUGCAUCAUCCUUAGCAUAGCCAUGAGUGGCAUCGGGGCACUCGUCUUCCAGGUGCUGAUGGAUGUGGUAGAGAUGGACAGGUUCUCCAGUGCUCUAGGGCUCUUCACCAUCCUGGAGAGCAUCACUCUCCUUACUGGGCCCCCACUCACAGGUCUCCUGGUAGACAUAACCAGUGAUUUCCACUACGUCUUCUACAACUCCAGCUUCUUCCUGAUAUCAGCUGCAUUAUUUAUGGGGUUCAGCUUCUGUGCUCUGGAAAAAAAAAACAAAUUGAGAGAGGCUUCCAAAGCAUGUUUGGACAAUUCCUCCAGAUAUCAAUACAGUGAAACAUCAACAGAACCAAAGGCUGAAAGUCAAUCCCCUCCAGCAUUUGAGUACAUCACGAGCAUAUGAAAAUAAAGAAGGGGAAAAAGAGCCACACCAUGAAAUGGUCUGUACCAAGCAAUACACAGCCCAAUACUGAUGGCAGAUGAGAAAAAGCCAGUCUGCUUUCCACAACUGUCAUCUUUCUUUUGCACUUCUACUCCAUAGGACCUUGUCAGAUUCCAAGACCUUGUCCAAUUCCAGACCAUGGGCCUAGUCCAGAACCCAGCACUAGCCAAGGAGAUGAAGCACAAAGAGAUCUGAGCUCUCCUAAAGCAAACCAUGGGAUAACAGCCGUGGGACCCAGUGCCAGGAGACAAAGGCUGUGACAGUUCAGUUGGGUUAAGUCACCACCUUUAAGAAGUCACUGGAAUUUCACAAGCACAUUCCAGUUGGAAGCGCUGGAUAACAUGUAUUAAUGGGUAGUUCUUCACAAAGAGCUAUUGUUGCCUCAUCUGAAUACACAAUUUUGGUGCACAGGCUUUGUGUUUGCUUCCCAUGUUGGCUCUGGUAAGACAAACACUUUCCAUAGGAAGUGUGUUAUUAUUUUCUACAUCUCUAAAUACUAUACAAAAGCAGCUGUGUGGGUUGUAGAACUUGGACAAGUCUCUAGUAAGAUCAACAGUUUUCUAUAUGAAGCACAUACAUGAGUUUUUCAUGCCAAGGACUAUGCCCCAAAAUUCAAAUCCAGAGCCUCAAAAGAACCCCAAAAAACAACCCACCAAGCCUUGGAGUGCCUGCUUUCUAUAACUACUGAUAUCUUAAGUGCUGUUAAAUAUGUCAUAAAAGAGGAUUUGUGGCUCAUGUAAACACACUUCAGCAUUAACUGGAAGCCAUUUGGGGCAGGGAGGGUAAUAUCAGACCUAAGAAUAAGUAUAUGCAUCCUCUUAUAGGGCAAAAUUCAAAGCAACUGUAGUCCCUCUUUGUGGAGAUCAGUUCAGCUCUUUAGACUUUUGAACUUAAUUACACCAGCAUUCUCAUUACAGAGAACUUUGUACAAACAUAACUUAUAUUUCUUAUAAGCAGAAGCAGAACUUACCAAGAAAUCUGUGGGGAAAGCAUACUGAGAAAAGCCACUGUUGCUUUCAAUCCAGCCAUUUGGCUCUAAGUGGCUUUCUCUGCCACAUUCCCAGGAUUUAGGCUUGUCACUGCUCAGACAAUGGCUGCAGCAGCCUCAGCCUCAGUAUCAGAGAUGCAAACUGUUCAUAUUCUGUCAUCCCUGACCUGAUAGACAUGGGUAACAGCUCAUGAAGCAUGUGGAUAAAGAUAACCAAACACAUCAGAACAAUCAGAAAGAUGGAAGCACAAAAUGUGAGUGAAAUGGAAGAAGUAAGAGCUUUCAAUGGAACUGCAGUGCCUGUCUAAGAACUGUUAUAUCAAACUCAGCUGCAGUGCUUAUCUGGAGAACUGUCCUAUCAGAUUCCUAGUGACAAACUCACAGUUUUCAUUAGAGCUCCCCAGACAAAACAAACAAACCAAUAAAAAAAAAACCCACUCUGGAUGAAAUCACCAGAAAACUGACUCCAAGGUUCUUCAGAGACUAUGAUGGCUUGAUAGGUGGCUUUUACACAGAAGGGGCACCCACCCUUCAGAAGAGUUCCUGUUCCCACAGCUCAGUAUCUUCUCCAAUACUGCCCUGGGAUUAUAGACCCAGGAGAAUUUGCAUUUCCUGAACAAACCUAUACUUAAAUAAGAUGAUUAGUGGGAGAUACACAUAUUCAAUCUCUAUUCACACAUGUUUAUUAACUUAUGUAAUGCUUACAUGGUCCAUAACUAUGAAGUAAACAAGGACUGGUUCUUCUCAGCUUACCAAAACAGACUGCUGUACACUCCUAGGAAAAUGAGGGGGCUUUCUCUCUCACCAAAAAAAAAAAAAAAAAGCAAAAAAAAGGAAUUAAGUCCCAAAUGUCUUCUAGCUACUGCAAAUAAACAGCUAAGCAGCUGAACAGAUUGCAAUUU